GACAUGCUCGGCAGCCCGAGGCGGGGCAGGCAGCCCGAGGGCACGCCCUGCGCUCGCCCCCCUCGCGCGGGCGGGGGCGACCGGGGCGCGGCGCCCCGCGCGGACGCCUCGGCCGCGGCCGGGCGGCGGGGCGACGGGGCGGGGCCCGCGGCGACCGAGGGGCUGGCCAGCGGGGCGGCGCAGCGCCCGGGCGAGGGGGGCGAGGGCGGCAGCCGCGAGGCGGCCGAGGGCCGGGCGCUCGGGGCCGCGGGCGCGCCGCCCCGGGCGGCCAGCCGCGGCGGCGCUGCGAGGGAGCGCGGCGCCCGCGAGGGCCCGGGCGCGCGGGCGGAGGCGGCCGUGGCCGCGAGGAUCGAGGCGGCCGUGGCGAGCCUGAGGAGCAUGCUGGAGCAGGAGCGGAGCCAGGCCGCGCAGGAGAGCCCCGCCGCUGCCGCCCAGCGGCGCGCGGGCCUCGGCGCGCGUGGCGGCCUGGGCAGCGGCAGCGAGGAGGAGCCGUGCGCGUGGGGCGAGUCGACGGCUCCGCGCGCCGCCGGGGCGCACUGCGGGGCGGCGCCGGUGGGCGAUGGGCUCGAGCGGUGGGCGGUGGGCGAGGAGCGUCAGGACGCCGUGCCCGAUGCGCAGCAGGUGCGGACCCCGGGCGGGCUCUCUUCGACGCCGCCGCCUGCGGGCCCCAGCCUGACCACGGUGCAGUUCCGCAACUUGCCGUACGUUCUCUCGCGGAACAUGUUCGUGCACAUCUCGAAGGAGGGAAGCCAGGGUCGGCGCCAUCUGGUGUACCUGCCCGUGGACUUCGCCACGGCGCAGUCGCUCGGCUACGGCUUCGUGAACGCCGUGAACCACGCGGCCGCCCUGCACUUGUUCUCCCUCUUCGAGGGCUUCCGGGCGUGGCCCUGCCAGAGCAGGCCGGCUGCGCGGCGCGACGAAGACGGGGCCCCGCCCACCGCCCUCGGCAAGCCCACGGGCAGUGCCACGCUCUGGCCUGACGGCUGCAGCGCCGAGCCAAUGUUCGUCAGCAUCCGAGGAGGCGCAGAACCCGGGGGUGCCGAGACGGCUACAGGCCCGCCGGCGGCCCGCGCCGGCCCCCGGAGCAGCCGCAGGGCCCGCGCGGACGCCCGCGGCGGGGCGCCGGCGCUGCGCGCGGCCCCGGGCGGCGUGGCCUCCCCCGCGGGCGCGCAGGCCCCGGAGCACGCGCCCGCGCCUG